AUGGCCGAAUUCGUGCGUGCCCAAAUCUUUGGGACCACCUUUGAGAUCACCUCGAGGUACUCUGAUCUCCAGCCUGUUGGCAUGGGAGCGUUCGGCUUGGUUUGCUCCGCAAAGGACCAACUCACCAGCCAGAAUGUCGCCAUCAAGAAGAUCAUGAAGCCUUUUAGCACCCCCGUGCUCGCCAAGCGCACGUACCGUGAGUUAAAGCUGCUUAAGCAUUUGAAGCACGAGAAUGUGAUCUCGCUCAGCGACAUCUUCAUUUCCCCUCUUGAGGAUAUCUACUUCGUGACGGAACUCCUGGGCACCGAUCUCCACAGGUUACUCACCUCGCGGCCACUGGAGAAGCAGUUCAUCCAGUACUUCCUCUACCAGAUCAUGCGUGGUCUUAAAUAUGUCCACUCUGCCGGCGUUGUUCACCGUGACCUGAAGCCCAGCAACAUUCUCGUCAACGAGAACUGCGAUCUCAAGAUCUGUGAUUUUGGUUUGGCCCGUAUCCAGGAUCCUCAAAUGACCGGCUACGUGUCUACGAGAUACUACCGUGCGCCUGAGAUUAUGCUCACCUGGCAAAAGUACGAUGUCGAGGUCGACAUCUGGAGCGCCGGGUGCAUCUUUGCGGAAAUGCUUGAGGGCAAGCCUCUCUUCCCUGGCAAGGACCAUGUCAACCAGUUCUCCAUUAUCACUGAGCUUCUCGGGACCCCACCUGACGAUGUGAUCAACACUAUCGCGAGCGAGAACACUCUGCGGUUCGUCAAGUCACUCCCCAGGCGGGAGAGGCAGCCACUAAGGAACAAGUUCAAGAAUGCUGACGAGUCGGCUAUCGACCUCCUCGAACGCAUGCUUGUAUUCGACCCUAAGAAGCGGAUAACAGCGACCGAGGCUUUGGCUCACGAGUACCUGGCCCCCUACCACGAUCCCACGGACGAGCCUAUGGCUGAGGAGAAGUUCGAUUGGAGCUUCAACGAUGCUGAUCUGCCCGUCGACACAUGGAAGAUCAUGAUGUACUCGGAGAUCCUCGACUACCACAACGUCGAAGCCGCAGGUGUUGGUCAGGUUGACGACCAGCAGUUCCUGCCCCAAUGA